UCGGGGGCCGGGACUCCGCCGCUCGCACGCCCUUGGGCCGCGGCCGGCGCCCGCUUCUCCCUUCCGCUUCCGACGCGCUGUCUGCUGAGCCGGUGGAUGUGCGGCAAUAACAUGUCCGCCCCGCUGCCCGCCGUUGUGCCCGCCGCCCGCAAGGCCACCGCCGCGGUUAUUUUCCUUCAUGGACUGGGAGACACUGGGCAUGGAUGGGCAGAAGCCUUUGCUGGUAUAAGAAGUUCACAUAUCAAAUACAUCUGCCCACAUGCGCCAAUUAUGCCUGUUACAUUAAAUAUGAAUAUGGCUAUGCCUUCAUGGUUUGAUAUUAUUGGACUUUCACCAGAAUCCCAGGAAGAUGAGUAUGGAAUUAAACAGGCAUCAGAAAGUGUAAAAGCUUUGAUAGAUCAAGAGGUAAAGAAUGGCAUUCCUUCUAACAGAAUUAUUUUAGGAGGAUUUUCUCAGGGAGGAGCUUUAUCUUUAUACACUGCUCUCACCAUGCAGCAGAAACUGGCAGGCGUCACUGCACUGAGUUGCUGGCUUCCACUUCGGACUUCGUUUCCACAGGGUCCUAUAAGUGGAGCUAAUAGAGAUAUUUCUAUUCUCCAGUGCCAUGGAGAUUGUGACCCUUUAGUUCCCCUAAUGUUUGGUUGUCUGACUGCUGAAAAACUGAAAACAUUGGUCAAUCCAGCCAAUGUGACUUUCAAAACAUAUGAAGGCAUGAUGCACAGUUCAUGUCAACAGGAAAUGAUGGAUGUCAAACAAUUCAUUGAUAAACUCCUACCUCCAAUUGAUUGAUGUCACUAAGAGGCCUUGUGUGGAAGUACACCAGCAUCACUGUAGUCAAUUAUAAACCUUCUCCCAUGCCUGAUCUUAAAACUUCUAAUGUUUGCAGUGGUAAAAUGUUUUGCAAAUACAUACAAUGAUUCAGAUUCAAUAAUGUCUCCCCAUGGGAAUAUGAUCUUUUAAGUUUCUAUACAUGUAUUUGUAUAAGAUAAUCCAGAAUAUAGUAGUAGUAAAAUAAGUGAAGCCAUCAGCUUGUUUUUCUCAAAUAUAAUUUAGAAAAUAAUAAAACUGUAAUCAGAGUUUUUAUUAUAUCAUUUAAAAACUACUAGUAUUCUUAGUGAAACUUUUGUUCAGAUGUAAACAAGCAGUUAAGGUAUAAAUGAUGUAUUAAUGCUGUGGUUUAGUCUAGGAAGUUGUUCCACAAUUGCUUAGCUGUCAUGCAGUGUCUGUAUUUUUAUAUCUGUAUUCAUGGAUAUGUAAUUACUGUAAUACAUAAGAAUUAGAUGGUAAUGGUAUUAUUCCUAAUACUAGGAAUAAUGCUUUUAAAUAUCAGAAAAGAGUAAUACUGUACUCUUGAAUGAAUGGCCUUUUUAUUUGAGGGACAAGGCUUUUUCCCAGAUAUCAUUUCUAUUUAAUACCCUUCUAUCCUCUCAAAAAAAUUUUUCUUUCUUGACUUUUACAGUAGACCAAAUAUUGACUCCCUGACAUAGACAUCUGUCAAGAUAUGCUGUAAUUUUAUAUUCUGAAUCACAGAUACCUGGUAUUUAAAAUCUAUGUACAUUAUAAAAGAAGUCAAACAUAAACUUCCUGUACUACAUAUUUCAAAUUACACCUUAGUCCAAAUUUAGAUCUAAUUACUAGACUAUUUAGGUAAUAUGAUUAUGUGGUUUAGUUUCUUGUUAAAAAAAAAGGAUAGCUAAUACUCUGGUAUGUUCAGAGAUGUUUAAGAUUGAUCUUAAAUUCAAAUUAUUAAAUGAUUGGGUAUGUAGCAUAGAAUUUUAAGUUUACCUUUUCUGUAUGUAUGUUUGAAACCCAUUACUGUAGAAAAUGAAUGUUUCAUUAGAAACUUCUACAUUAUUUCUAUCUGCGAACAGACUUACUUGAAAUUUUCACUUUAGUCAAAUGAAUUUUAAAAAUUAUUUCUUUCGAGCCAGGCACUGAUGGCUCACACCUAUAAUCCUAGCUACUCAGGAGGCUAAGAGCUGAGGACCACUGUUUGAUGCCAGUUGGGGCAUGGAAGUUUGUGAGAUUCUUAUCUCCAAUUAACCACCAAAAAUAAUGAGUUGUGGCUUAAGUAGUAGGGUGCCAGCUUUGCCUGGAAAAGCUAAAGAACAGCCGCUGGGCCCUGAGUUCAAUCCCUAGGUACUAGUACCAAGAAAAGAUCUUUUGAGCAAACCUAGAAAUAGUAAGUAUUUGAUUUUUAAGUAAAAAUUUCUGGAUUAACAGUAAAAAUUAAUUAAAAACAAAUUAUGGAUGGUAAAGAUUAGAACCCUAUACUACUGUUUAAUAUAUACUACACAGUUUAAUAUGUAGCAAAGAAAUGUGCUUGGUAUUUCUGAACAGUGUUAAUUUUUCUGCUGAUUUCCAAUUGACCAAAACAAUGUUAAGAAUGCAUCUUUAUAAAUGGGUGCUAAUUGAUCAUGGAAUUUAGUAAUGGAUUAUACAGGAUGUUAAUAAUGAAGCCAUAUGUUUGUGUCUGGAUUUGAAAAAUUUCAACAAUCAUUUACUAAGUCAUUUGCCUUGAAGAACAUAAACAUUUCAGUUACACAAACCAUUAAGGUCUUUAUGGCAAGAAAUAUCCCAGUGAAAUAUGGUGUAACAUGGGAAUAUGUAAAUGUUUUUCACGGUUUCUAUCAAUGUGAAAUAAAAUUUAAUUCUGA